UUUUUGGACCAAAACGCACUUCAUGUUUAGUCGUUUGCAGGAUGUUGCUGAUAUGCUGAUAUUGAUAAGGUUGCAAACAUCCGCCAUUAAAACGCAUACAGUAAGAAAAUGUUGGCACCAAAUUGCACGACUGAAACCCUUUUUCUUUCUCUGCCACAACCACAACCACAACCAUCGUCGUCUCUUCCUCCGAAGCACGUCAACAACCUACUCUGUCGCCGCAACAUCCUCAGUACCACGGCACUCACCAUCUCCUUCAAUUUCAAUGUCCAUUUUACGACCUCAGUGCCCAUAUCAGAGCCGGUAGCCGGUGCUAGCGGCCUCUUCCAGAUGCCCCCACCUCGCCUGACCAACCGGUACUUUUUGGUGAGAGCUGGUGAGUCAGAGUUCGAGAGCAUGGGAGUGAUCAACACUAACCCAGUGGCAAAGACUUCUAUGGAUAGCGGUUUAUCUGAAAGAGGGAAGAAGCAGUCUCUAAGAGCAGCUUUUGAUUUAAAAGAAAUGGGUGCUUGUGAUAACAGCUGUUGGAUAUGGCCUGCUAUUACUCAGAGAGCUUACCAAACUGCUGAGAUUAUUGCUUCUGUUAAUGGAGUUACUCGAAGUUAUAUAGUCCCAGAAUAUAGCUUUUUGGAUGCCCGUGGAUUAGGUGCUUACGAAGGAAAAAAUUUGGAAUCUGUUUCACAAGUAUAUGCAUCAGAUGGGAUAUCUCCGAACAUUAAACCUCCUCCCUUUGAUGACGGAACUCCAAAUGAGAGUGUUGCAGAUGUUUUUGUUCGUGUAACACAACUCAUGUCAAUUCUUGAAACUCAGUACUCUGGUGACACAGUUGUUAUUGUCUCGCCAGAUUCUGACAACUUGACAAUCCUUCAGGCUGGUUUGAUAGGACUCGACCUGCGAAAGCACAGGGAUCUGUCUUUCGAACCAGGUGAAGUUCGUUUUGUUGAUACCAAUGACAUUCCCACUUACAAGCAGCCUGCAUCUGCUCUAUAUAAAUGUUUGAACCCACCAAAUUGUAACUAACUAUUUUCUUUGGUUUGAGUUAUAGCAGGAAAGUGGAUAUUGAUGAGUAGUUCAAGUUGUCUGCAUCUUCUGUUUGAUAAUAUCUUCUUAAUUAUACUGAUAAAAACUUAAGAUAAUUAGAUGAAUGUGAGUUUAUACAUGUAAGUACUAGUCUGAUAAUCAAUUUGAGUUUUGUGAGAGAUGAUUUGGCUACCCUUGUCGUGUAUUAUGAAUUAAUUAUCCAAGAUUCCUUUUA